CCCCAGGCGAGAUGGAAUUAAAACUCCCACGCCGAUGACCCAAUCGAGUUCAAAGUUCGGAACAAGCACAAGGCACCCAACAACACACGACUCGCCGCCGCCGCAAUCGCCGCUUCCGUCCGACGUCACGCCUCUCCACUUGCACGAUGAUGACACUCAAUGAAAUGAUCUGGAAACUUAGCUUCCUGCUCUUGACGACUCCUGCACUUACAGAGGCCGCGAAUGACCUGUCCGGCGCAGGUUUGCCGCCGUGGGUCGCCUGGGUGACUGGUGGCGUCCUUGUCAUGAUUGUGCUGUAUUACUGCUGUCGUAAAGCUGGUUUUGACGAGUCCCUGCAGCAGCCUCUCCUCGGCGGGCAAUACACCGAAGACGGCCAACCUCUCACCCGUCAAGACGUUCAGGAAAGCAAAGAAGAGAUCGAAGGGCAAUGGAAGUGCGAAGUAUGCGAUUUUCACAAUAAAAAGUCGGCGAGGUCAUGUGUGCUGUGCGGCACGGACAUGGGGUUCAAGCUUGGUCUCACGACACCCUCGCCUCGCCGCAGUAUUUCCUUCAAAGACUCGGCACACGGCGCGUUGAGCUCUGGCGGCGGAUCGUUCAAUCGCACGCGAUCUUUUGCAAUUCGGCGACUCAAUAUGCUCAACUCUCGCCAGCGCGGUGCACGAAACCGCGGGGACUGGGUGCGGAAGGUGGGCAAAGAUGGAAAACGCCACUGGGGACGGCGCGACGUGCAGGAAACGUUCUUGGCGAAGGACCCUGUCUCGAUGGAGGCAGGUAGUGCGACCCCAAAAACUGCUGCUGCAAUGCCGUCCGCUCCGGGCGGUGCGCUGCACCUGGACCUGGCGCGACAACACUCGCUAGCGUUUGUGUCGCAGCUGGCUCAAACCCCGCGGCACCCGGAAGGCCGCAUGACGUUCAAGGAAUACCGCGAGGUGGACGCCGCCGUGGCGUCGCGUGGGUAUGAGAUUUCCGAACAGGACUUGGAAAUUCUCGAACAAGUGGCGGCGCUGCCUUUCAAAGACAAAUACUCGUGGUUUCUCGAGCAAACGACGACGCUGAUUCGGCCGUGGGAAGAUGGCCAUUUGAAGAUGCGCGUCCAUCGGGAAAACAUCCUUGUCGAAUCGAUGGAGCAGCUCCUCGGGGUCCAAAUGGAGCACAUCUUGAUGCCGCUUCGCAUCGAGUUCAUCGGCGAAGUGGCGAUUGACGCCGGCGGCCUCGAACGAGAAUGGUUUGCCCUCGUGACGGAAAAGCUAUUUGAUGAAACGAUUGGGCUAUUCAUGUGUGCCCAUGUCGAGUCCCUGGCAUACGUGAUCAACCCGAACAGUAUUGAAGCAAGCGCCGAUCAUUUGCUGUACUUCCGUGGCGCGGGUCGGCUUCUGGGCCGCGCGCUGCUGGAAGGCCAGCUCAUGAAAGCGCAUUUGGCCCUGCCUGUCCUCAAGCACUUGCUCGGCGUGCCGAUUUCGUUUGCCGAUUUGGAAUUUGUCGACCACGAAGUGUACCGGUCGAUGAAGUGGAUGAAGGAGAACGAAGGCGUCGAAGCACUGUGCUUGGACUUUAGUGUGACCAACCGCCGGAUCAGUGGCGAGAUCGAAGUGAUCGACUUGAAAGAGAACGGCCGCAACAUCGAAGUGACCGACGCAAACAAGCUCGAGUACAUAUACUUGCGGCUCCGCUACAUCAUGCUCGAGAGCUUCUCGGAGCAAUUGCAGCACCUGAUGGCGGGCGUGUUUGAAGUGAUUCCCCAAGAGCUCAUUUUGGUCUUUGACUACCAAGAACUGGAACUUGUGCUGUGCGGCGUGCCAUCCAUCGACAUUGCCGACUGGAAACUUCACACCCAAGUGUCAGACGACAUGCCGGCAGACCUCCUCGAGUGGUUUUGGGAAGUGGUCGAGGCGUUCUCGGACGAAGAGCGCGCGCGUCUGCUGCAGUUUACGACCGGAUCGUCCCGCGUGCCGGUCCAAGGGUUCAAGGCUCUCACGAGCUACGACGGGCGGAUAUGCCACUUUACGCUCAAGGCGGUGCCGUACCCCGAGAAUGCCUUCCCCCGAGCGCACACAUGCUUCAACCGCAUCGACUUGCCCAAGUACAAAACGAAGAAGGAGCUGGAGGACGUAUUGUCGCUGGUGAUCAACAUGGAAGUGACCGGGUUCACCGACGAGUAAUCGCCCCCCCGGACGUACUCUGUCCUACCUGUCGCAAGGGUCGUCCGCCGUCAACGUUGUCGUCGCGCUAUCUCGUUAUGUUAACUCGAUCCUCACCAGCAAUAUGAAUUUGUAUCAUUCGAGUCGGUGGCUGAAGUGGAGGGCAGAGUUUGGUGGACAACAUGCCUGACGAGGUCGAGUAUUCGCAUCCAAGGAGUGACCUGCUCAUGAGAGCGGUGGCUGUUUCGGUCCCGUG